AUGAACCCAAACACACAAACAGCGCCUGAGCCUCAGGAGAAUGGCCAGCAUCGCUUCGAUCCCAACUUCACCGACGCCGUCAUCAAUGCCAUUGGCCCGAAUGUGCCAGACCGGACACGAUUCGUCAUGGGAAAGCUGAUCAGGCAUCUCCACGACUUCAUCCGUGAGGUCGAGCUCACCAACGAGGAGUGGUUCGAGGGUGUACGAUUCGUCAACUCUAUUGGCAAGACUACAACUUCCACCAGGAACGAGGCGCAUCGUAUCUCAGAUGUUCUGGGCGUAGAAUCAUUGGUCGACGAGAUUGCACACAGGCACAUUAACGAGUCUGGAGAGACACCUACUUCAUCCACAAUCCUCGGUCCCUUUUGGUCACCACACUCGCCAUUCCGCGACCUUGGCGACACCAUUAUUCGCAACCCACACCCCGAUGGCCAGACAACUCUCAUGCAUGGUGUAGUUAGGGAUCUUGACACCAAGAAGGGUAUCCCUAACGCAGUCAUCGACAUCUGGCAGGCAAGCGCCAACGGAAAGUACGAUUUCCAAGAUCCGGAGAAUCAAGAGCCAAACAACCUGAGAGGAAAGUUCACUACCAACGAGAAUGGCGAGUACUGGUACUACUGCUACAAGCCAACAGCGUACUCGCUACCUACUGAUGGCGCUGCUGGUCAGCUUUUCAAGACCCUCGACCGCCACCCUUUCCGUCCCGCACAUAUCCAUCUUAUGGUUUCCGCCGAGAACUACAAGCCACUCAUCACACAACUAUACCCCCGCGAUGACCAAUGGGUCACCAAUGACACCGUCUUUGCGGUCAAGGACGACCUGCUGCUAGACUUCAAGCCCAGCAACGACCCCAAGGCGAAGCUCGACUUGACAUACAAUGUUACCCUUGCGCCAGCAGGCAAGAAGACGAGCAGGUUGGAGGCAACCUCACCCAAAAUGCGUGUCCCUUACGCCCCAAACGAGCCCCCAAAUGAAGAAGCCCGCCCCAUCUACGAGCGCAUCGCCGAGCGACGAAAGCCCCGCCCCCUCAUCCCUCUCGACCUCGCCCUCCUACACAACCCCGCCGUAGCGGACGGCUGGAACUCGUUCAUCGGCGCGAUACGCACCAAGACCAGCUUACCUGCCAAUCUCAAGGAGCUGGCCAUAAGCCGUAUUGCCGUGCUGAACCAUGCAGUUCAUGAGUGGGAUGUACAUGCCGCUCUAGCAUUGAAAGCGGGCGUUUCCAAACAAGUGCUACAAACUGUGUUCGAUUUACCCGUUACGAGACACGGAGAAGUGGAGAGGGAAGGUCUAUUGGGAUUCAGCAAGGAGGAGUACGCGGUCAUGGUAUACACGGAUCAGAUGACUGUGGCAACCACAAUGACGUCCCUAGCCCCCCGCCUCUUCACGCGCAGCAUCCGCCAAACACGCGUCCGCCCCGCCGCCGUCCUCUCCACCACCGCGCGGUAUGCAUCGACAAAGCACCCCAAAGCCUUCACACCACCUACGCAAUCCGACCUCGACGAACUCCGCGAUUCAGUCCGUGACUUUGCCCAGCGAGAGAUUCCCGAAGAAGUCGCCGCGCGUACCGACAAGCAGAAUGAAUUUCCAAACGACAUGUGGCAGAAGUUUGGCGAAGCCGGCUUCCUGGGCAUAACAGCCGACGAGGAAUUUGGCGGGCUGGCCAUGGGAUACCAAGCACACUGCGUCGUCAUGGAAGAGCUGUCACGGGCGAGCGGCAGCAUAGGACUGAGUUAUGCGGCGCACAGCCAGUUGUGCGUCAACCAGUUGAUGCUGAACGGCAAUGCGGAGCAGAAGAAGAAAUACUUGCCAGCCUUGAUCAGUGGAGAGAACAUCGGAGGAUUGGCUAUGAGUGAGCACAGUGCGGGAAGUGAUGUAGUGAGCAUGAAGACGACGGCCAAGGAGGUGGACGGUGGCUAUCUGCUCAAUGGAACCAAGAUGUGGAUCACGAAUGCAAGAGGCCCAGACGCGCACGUAAUAGUCGUAUACGCCAAGACCGAACCCAACGCCGCUUCCAAAGGCAUCACAGCCUUCAUCGUCGAGACGUCCACAAAAGGUUUCAGCGUCGCCAACAAACUAGACAAACUCGGUAUGCGCGGCUCCAACACAGGCGAGCUAGUCUUUGAAGACGUCUUCGUCCCCAAGGAGAACGUCCUUGGCGAGAUAAACCGCGGCGUCCGGGUCCUGAUGGAGGGCUUAGAUCUCGAGCGCCUUGUCCUCUCCGCAGGACCACUCGGCCUCAUGCAAGCCUCGCUCGACAACGUUCUGCCCUACACACACCAAAGAAAGCAGUUUGGCACCCCAAUUGCACACAACCAGCUUGUACAGGGCAAGUUGGCGGAUAUGUACACAAAGUACCGCGCCAGUCAGGCCUUCACAUACAGCGUGGCACGCGCCGUCGAUGAGUCGCAUGCCAGCCCUGAGAUCAAGACACAGGACUGUGCGGGAGCCAUUCUAUAUGCCGCAGAAAGGGCAAGCGAGGUUGCGGCUGAUGCGGUCCAACUGAUGGGCGGCAUGGGAUACAUGAAUGAAGUUCCUGUAGGAAGGAUACUCAGGGACGCCAAGUUGUACGAGAUUGGUGCUGGAACAAGUGAAGUGAGGAGAAUGGUCAUCGGACGAGCGUUCAACAAGGAGUGGAAGCAAGAGAUAUGA